AUGUCUCCCUCAGAUAAUGAAGUGUACUCCCUGAUUCAAUGGGAAUUUAUGAAGAAGAAAAAGAUCUCCAGUGCACCUGCUUCAAGACUAGAUGUUAUGCGCCUCCAGCAACUCCUGGACACAAAGCUGAAGCAGAGGUGUGCCAAGGAAAGAGGCAUCUGCCCUUUCCGCAGGGAGCUCUAUUCCCAGUGCUUAGAUGAGGUGAUUCGACAGGUGACCAUCACGUGUUCUGAGAGGGGUCUGCUGCUGUUGCAGAUUAGAAAUGAGAUUCAAAUGACGUUGGCUGCCUACGAGACACUGUAUGAAAGCGGUGUGGCUUCUGGUAUGAGGAAAUUCCUGCAGGCUGAGCAGGGCAAGUGUGACCUGGAGAAAAGGAUUUCUGAUCUGGAGAAUGAGAUACAAGACCUCCGGGGGGACCUGGAACAACAGAAAGCUAAAUGUGAGGAGAUUGAAAGGAACGCAAACGAAAAGCAGGAGUGGGAGAACGAGAGGCUCACAGGGGAGAUAGACUCCCUCAAGAGAGUCAGUGAGGAACUUAAGGUGAGAAGACUUAACUUGCUUCUCUUUGGAUCAAGCAUCAGGAGGACCUGUGUUAUCCAGCUGCUAGCGUUCGGCAAACAGAAGAAACUACUACCAGACGACUAA